CCAGCGGCCGGAGGGCGAAGCUGUCAUGCAGCACUGCAGUAAAGGAAAGCGCGCGUCCGCGGUGCAGGUUGUGAUGUCCGCCAACACCCCACAGCAGGUGCAGGAUGAAGGAGAAGGAAGACACAUGAGAUACGAAUGAGGGACUGCAGGAUGUCUUUUAAGAAGGACACGCCGCUGUCCAAUGCUGUGUUCUGGGCGGCCCACAGGGGGAACCUGGCCCUGCUCCAGCUGCUGCUCAACAGUGGACGUGUGGACGCUGACUGCAAAGACAAAUGUGGAACCACAGCGUUGAUGGUGGCGUCCUACAGCGGCCACAGAGAGUGUGUGAAAGGACUCAUCAUGCAAGGAGCUGACAUCAACUACCAGAGAGAAACAGGUUCCACCGCUCUGUUCUUCGCCUCCCAGCAGGGUCACGAAGACGUGGUAAAGCUCCUCUUUGAGUUCGGAGCCUCCACUGAAUUCCGGACAAAGGAAGGAGGCACCGCUUUGACCGCCGCCUCUCAGCACGGCCACGCCAAAGUGGUGGAGACGCUGCUGAAGAACGGCGCCAACGUUCACGACGAGCUGAAUGACGGCGCCAAUCCUCUGUUCCUUGCGGCCCAAGGGGGUCACGUGACCGUCAUCCGCCACCUGCUGGCAUCAGGUGCCAAGACAAACCAUCCGAGAGAAGAUGGCACCGCCCCCUUGUGGAUGGCAGCCCAGAUGGGACACAGCGAUGCGGUGAGGGUGCUCCUCUUGCGUGGUGCAGACAGGGACGCCUACAGAGAAGACGGCUCCACGGCGUUAUUUAAAGCGGCUCUGAAAGGACACACCGGCGUCAUCGAGGAGCUUCUCAAGUUUUCUCCUUCCCUCGGCCUCCUCAAGAAUGGCUCCACAGCUCUCCAUGCCGCUGCCCUGGGCGGGAAUCUCCAAAGCGUCCAGCUUCUGCUCCGCGCCAACGCCGACCCCACGCUCGUUAACAAGAAUAACGAACUCCCGGCCGACGUGGCCCAAAGCCAACGUGUCCUGAGAGUUCUGCGCAAACCGAAAACCUUAAAGGUGACGACGGAUGACAACCGUGGCUCCUGCCUGCACGUCUGCCUGCACUGAAGCACUCAUUUCAAUGGUGUGUCCCUUUGAUUCAUGCCCAGCUGUUAGUGCGUGGUCAUUCAUACGCAGACUGUAGAUGAGUUAUUGAUUUGAGCUUAAUAAAGACGACAUAUCCAAUGACCAAAGAACAGGUUACAAAGAUGGUUGAAACAAACAAAAGAGUCUUGUUCCACAGAAAUGACACCACAUUCCCCCCUUUCGGGAUGUUUACAUCGCAACUAGAGAUGUCCGAUAAUAUCGGCCGAUAAAUGCGUUAAAAUGUAAUAUCGGAAAUUAUCGGUAUCGGUUUUUUAUUAUCGGUAUCGUUUUUUUAAUUUUUUGUUUUUAUUUUUAUUUUUGUAUUAAAUCAACAUAAAAAACACAAGAUACACUUAAAAUUAGUGCACCAACCCAAAAAACCUCCCUCCCCCAUAGCGAAGGCCGCCACGCACUGUAAAAUAAUAAAAAUGUAAUAAAUUAAGCAUAAAAAUUAGAGAUGUCCGAUAAUAUAAAAUGUAAUAUCAGAAAUUAUCGG